UAAAGGUAGCGCUUUAGGCAUCCAUUUUAACAUGAAACACGAUGAUUAUUCAUAUUAGAAUGACAUUUGCCUGAUUGCUGUUUUGUGUUCUUAUAGCUAUGUAUUACAGAAUACAUUAAAAGUGACAUUGUACAUUUUCUGAGUAAGAAUAGCCUUCUUACUCCGUUAAAAUAUUCCUGUAAUUCAUUGUGUCCCAUAACAGACAGACAGACAGACAGACAGACAGACAGACAGACAUCUAUGACACACACACACACAUACACACACACACUCCCCUCCCCCAUUAUAUUAUUAGCUAUUCCAUAAAUAUAGAUUAUUAGACUAAAAGUAAUGGGAUGGGUUGAGUAGAUAACGUUCAAUCAAGGACAGACAUCCCAGUAUGCAAAAUGACGUUGAAAAUACAUAUUUUCCAGACAUAGAAGUUACGGUCAUUUUAGGUUCUGAAUGGAAGGUGAAAAAACGUAUUUUCUGGAUGUUGAAAUAAGGUUCAUUUUUGGUUUAGAAUGAAAGUUUAAAAGGCGUAAUUUACAGACAUUGAAAAUACUUAUUUUUUGAUCAUUGAUUCUAUGGCCAAAUUUCAACUGCACACACAUUCUCAAUGAAGUAAACAUUAUAGCCCAAAACGAAUUUUUAAAUCCAUGACGAAAGAGGAGCCAAUUGAAGAUUGUAACAUAAAGUAUGAAUUAUUGCUCCCAUUUGCCACAUGCACUCACAUGCACAUAUGUUAGCUUAUUCAAAAGCAUUAAAACUUGCCACGAUUGUGUUCAAAGGAGUCUGACUUAACGAAUAAACCAACAGACCACGGACUAACAACAUUCUGAGUAACGGUUAACAAAAAAAUAUUGCUAUGACUGUGAUAUGUUGUUAGUUCAAUGCACUGACUGUAAGUCGCUCUGGAUUGUCUGCUGAAUGACGAAUAUCAAUGUGAAAACAGAAAAAAAUCUGUCCUAAUCAUAAACAUCGAGUGUUUCACAAGUUUGAACAGCACAGUACAGUACGGCACAGUUCAGUACAGUAGAGCACAGUGCGAUACAGGAAAGUAGAGUUGUAUCCAGUAUAGUAGAGCACAGUACAGCAGGACAGUAGAGUUUAAUUCAGUACAGUACAGUAGAGUUUAAUUCAGUAGAGUAUAGUACAGUACAAUUUAGUUCAGAAGAGUACAUUCGACUAAAGUAGUGUACAAUACAGCACAUUAUACCGUACUAUACUCUGCUGUACUGAGCACAGUAGAGUAGACGUCUAUGAUUGGUUCAUUUUUUUUCCGGUGCCGAUCAAAAAAUCCACGUCCAUGGACUUUGAACCGCACCAACAACAAAAAACAUUUUGUAAAAGACGGCCGGUCUGGACAGGACCAGACAGAGAUGCCCAAAAGACAUCGGCGUUGGACCUUGAUGGACAGAACCCAAUUAAACAGGCAAUAACCAUCGGACAGAGUCUGCCAUAGGAAUAAAUCGAGGACCCAGGAACACGAACACACACACGCACACCAUCAUCCCUGAUGGCGCUUGAGAGCGCUGUUUUCACCUUGAGGCCAGAGUCCCUCUCUCUCCCCGUGGUGGAGAAAGGGAAGGUGCUGGUGGAAGAGGCUACCGAGGUGAUGGUGUCCACCGGAGUGUUUCGUGUGUCCGAGGAACUGGGCCAUGUGGUUACGACAGAUACCGCCCAGCCCUCCGCUAACAGAUCGUGGAAGUCCAAGCUGGCAGAGAGGCAGGCAAAUGCAGCAUCUGAUGAGUAUGUUAAGAAGCUGCCUCGGGUGAUGGAGAAGGAGAGGGGCCGAUUUGGCUGGGCUAAGAGACGUAAGAGGCAGCGCUAUGUGGAGAAGAAUGGCAGAUGUAACGUGUCGCAUGGCAACAUGAGGGAAACGUACCGUUAUCUGACAGAUAUCUUCACCACCCUGGUGGACCUCAACUGGCGCUGCUCUCUCUUCGUCUUCGUUAUGGCCUACGCCAUCACCUGGCUCUUCUUUGGAGCCAUUUGGUACCUGAUAGCGUACCUCAGAGGGGAUCUAGAUCAUCUGGAGGAUGAGACAUGGACACCGUGCGUCAAUAACGUGAACGGAUUCAUCUCGGCCUUCCUCUUCUCCAUUGAGACAGAGACCACCAUCGGUUACGGCUACCGUGUCAUCACUGACCAGUGUCCAGUGGGAACCAUGCUGCUCCUGCUCCAGGCCAUACUGGGAUCUAUGGUCAACGCCUUCAUGGUGGGCUGUAUGUUUGUGAAGAUCUCUCAGCCCAAUAAGCGUGCGGAGACCCUGGUUUUUUCUAAGAAUGCAGUGAUCUCUCUGAGAGAUGACAAACUGUGUCUGAUGUUCCGGGUGGGGGACCUGCGCAGCUCCCACAUUGUAGGGGCCAACAUGAGGGCCAAACUCAUCAAGUCUAAACAGACUCAGGAAGGUGAGUUUAUCCCUCUGGACCAGACAGACAUCAGUGUCGGUUUUGAGACAGGGGACGACCGCCUGUUCCUGGUGUCUCCACUGGUCAUCUCCCAUGAGAUUGACCACCGCUCGCCCUUCUGGGACAUGUCUCAAGGCCAGCUGGAGAAAGACGACUUCGAAGUGGUCGUCAUCCUGGAGGGAAUGGUGGAGGCCACAGGUAUGACGUGCCAGGCCCGGAGCUCUUACCUGGCAGAUGAGGUCCAGUGGGGUCACAGGUUCAGCCCUAUGAUGUCACUGGCCGAAGGGUUCUUUGACAUCGACUAUGGCGCCUUCCAUCAAACCUUUGAGGUGGGCACUCCCUCCUGCUCAGCGCACGAACUCUCAUUGACGGCAGCCCGAUUGGAGGCUCAUCUGUAUUGGUCAAUCUCCAGUAAACUGGAUGAAGAGAAAUGGGAGGGAUCUUCUCUGACCAACCAAUCAGGAAAGCAGCUAGACAAUGGGAAAGGAGGGGUCGUUGAUCACUAGAAUACAAGAGCAGUCAGGACCAGGAGAGUUGAAUGGUUGUGUCACCACCGACCAGUCAGAAUCAGAGGCCUAAAGUAGAUCUGAUAGAGUUCCAAAAUGGCACCCUAUCCCCUAUACAGUGCACUACUUUUGACCAAAGCCCUGUACUAUAUAGGGAAUAGGCUGCCAUUUGGGACAUACUUUCAAUCAAUGUCAUGACAGGAGGACCCACAACUACAGUACUGUAAAUUACUUUUAGCUAAUGUAUAGUAUACAGCCAUAGAACAUUUGUUCCCAAGGGAGAGAUGGGUGGUUUAAAAAGGCUCAUUGCUACUUCAUUGCUUUAUUUAAUAACACUGACUAGAAAUGACAAAUUAUAUCAAUUACAUUUUGUCUUUAUGAUAUUUCAUUCUUACCACGAGCGUCUGUGCUAUACUAGAAUUAUAUUCAAUCUUCUAUUGUUAUUGCUCUAAUCACCUCUGGCAACAUACAUGAUAUUAAUUAAUACACUGUUAUUUCAACGAAUGAAGUAUUGACAAUUCUUUGUCAGGAAAGAGGAUGUUCAGCCAGGUAAGAUACUGAAAUGUUCAGAGACAUAGAAAGAGCAGCUUGUUUUGGAACACUCCGGAACGUUCAGAGACAGAAAGAGAAGCAUGUCGUGUUGGCUGAAUGGGAGAGUCAAUGUUUAAAAAGGAAAUCUCUAUUACAGAUAAUGGUUGAUUGUGAUAGAAGAGACCAUGUAUGUUUUUCACUUUAACGUGUAUAGAGGAUAUAAAGGAAUAGAUUGAAAUGGUAUCUCUACAUCUGUAUCUAAAAACCAAAACAAGGAUUGUUUUAAAAGAUAUAUAGAAGUGUACAUUAAGAAUGGAUGACAUUAAAACAACCUCUGUUUUGUGACUCAUUUAGAUGUAAAAUCAUUUCUGUGUUCACUUAAAAUGUUCACAUCACAAGUACUGUAGCUUAUCACUGACCCCAUCCCAAUAGGGUGAGUAGUGGAAGUAUUCAUCCUACAAGCUUUGAGAUAAAACCAAGCAUUUGCUCUCUUGGGAAUGUUUCCGUGCGCUUUCACAUAGAAUAUAAGUAGCACAAUGAAAUAUCUUCUUUCGAUAGCCUCAUAGGAUGUAAACACACCAAUGUCCUGCUCAGCUCAGCCCAAACUCCUGCUUCUGCUGCUGUGUACAUAUGUGAGCGUUUUUAAUAUUGAAUUCUAUAAGAAUUAAUAAACUGUAUUCCACACAAACUUUA